ACACCUAGUAGUCGCGAAGCUGCCUCAUUAAACACAUAUACCAGGUGUGCUGGGUACUGUGUGUGUAUAGAAACGAAGAACGAAAGAAAUAAAAAAAAAACAAAUUCUCAUUUAAAUGUUACAAAUCUAAAGAAUUGUCGAAAAAAUUAUUUAUUUUUUUUUUGUUUUAAUUUAUUAGAGUUAAUUUUAGAGGUUAAACUAUAAAUUCUGUGAAUAGCCAUUAAAAUAAUAAUGGCGCGUUCAUUCCAAAUUAUUGGAAUUGUUGCGCUAUGUGUGAUUAUCGCAAACGCUGCGACACGAGUAAAACGACAAGAUGAUGAAGAUGGUGAUGCCCAAAGUACCGAAGAAUUGUGCCAGGACCGACCUGGUGACGAGUAUUUCCGAUUAACGACCGAUGGCGACUGUCGUGAUGUAGUCAGGUGUGAUAAUGCUGGAGAAAAUGGUAUAACUAGACUUGCAUCGGUGCGCUGCCCUACCGGUCUUGCGUUUGAUGUUGAACGUCAGACAUGCGAUUGGAGAACAAACGUUAAAAAUUGUAAACAAUUAGAGAAACCCCGAAAGGUACUUCCCAUAUUGAAGACAGAUGAACCAGUAUGUCCGGAAGGAAAACUAUCCUGCGGUAAUGGCGAAUGUGUUGACAAGGAAUUGUUCUGCAAUGGAAAACCAGAUUGUAAAGACGAAUCAGAUGAAAAUGCUUGCACGGUUGAUUUGGAUCCGAACAGAGCACCAGAAUGCGAUCAAACUCAAUGUGUUCUACCCGAUUGCUUCUGUUCAGCCGAUGGAACCCGAAUUCCCGGCAACAUUGAACCGGUUCAAGUACCGCAAAUGAUAACGAUCACUUUCAACGGAGCCGUUAACGUCGACAAUAUCGACUUGUACGAAGAUAUUUUCAACGGAAAUCGUCAAAAUCCCAAUGGUUGCUCCAUCAAAGGAACAUUCUUCGUUUCGCACAAAUAUACCAACUACUCUGCCGUUCAAGACUUGAAUCGCAAAGGUCACGAAAUUUCUACGUUCUCCCUGACACACAAAGACGAUCCGAACUACUGGACUCAUGGAACAUAUGACGAUUGGUUGGCUGAAAUGGCCGGCGCACGAUUAAUUAUCGAACGGUUUGCUAAUAUCACAGAUGGUUCAAUUAUCGGAACACGAGCUCCUUACUUGAGAGUCGGUGGCAACAAGCAAUUCGAAAUGAUGGCUGACCAAUUUUUCGUAUAUGACGCCUCCAUCACAGCUUCGUUGGGACGAGUUCCAAUUUGGCCAUACACACUUUACUUCCGAAUGCCGCAUAAGUGCAACGGCAACGCUCACAACUGUCCAUCAAGAAGUCAUCCAGUUUGGGAAAUGGUUAUGAAUGAAUUGGAUCGUCGUGAUGACCCAACUUUCGAUGAAUCGCUACCUGGUUGUCACAUGGUUGACUCAUGUUCGAACAUUCAAACCGGAGAACAAUUCGGACGUCUUUUGCGUCACAAUUUCAACCGUCACUACAAUACCAACCGUGCCCCAUUGGGUCUACAUUUCCAUGCAUCUUGGUUGAAAUCGAAGAAGGAAUUCCGCGAAGAAUUGAUCAAAUUCAUCGAAGAGAUGUUGGGCCGCAACGAUGUUUUCUUUGUGACAAUGCUUCAAGUCAUCCAAUGGAUGCAAAAUCCAACCGAAUUGAAUUCGCUGAGAGACUUCCAGGAAUGGAAGGAAAAGUGUGAUGUUAAGGGACAAGCCUAUUGCUCGUUACCGAAUGCGUGUCCGUUGACCACUCGAGAAUUGCCUGGUGAAACUUUGCGUUUGUUCACUUGCAUGGAAUGCCCGAAUAACUAUCCAUGGAUCCUCGACCCAACUGGUGAUGGAUUUUCGGUUAAAUAAUUUAUCACAAAGAGUCUGAAUUUUUUGUUAUGUUGAUAAUAAUUUUAAGCAGCGUGUAGCGUGUUCUCGAUUGACUCAAUAAAAUUGAAUGGAAGAUUUUAUUGAUGGAUGAAAAAAA